AUGAAUUUUCCACAUGGAGUUCCCACCGGCAGAUUUUGCAACGGCAGAAUCCCUUCUGAUUUUAUUGCGGAAUUUUUAGGAGUAAAACCAACAUUACCGCCAUACUUGAGACCCGGGCUAACCAGGGAAGAUCUCCUCACUGGGGUAUCCUUUGCGUCGGGUGGUUCUGGCUACGAUCCUUUGACACCUAUAGUAGUAAGAGCAAUACCGAUGUCAGACCAAUUGACAUAUUUUCAAGAAUACAUAGAGAAAGUGAAAGGCUUUGUGGGGAAAGAGAAAGCUAAGCACAUAAUAUCCAAAGGCCUAGCCAUUGUGAUUGCGGGAAGCGAUGAUCUAGCCAAUACCUACUAUGGUACACAUGCAGAAGAAUUUUUAUUUGACAUCGAUUCAUAUACCUCUUUUAUGGCUAACUCAGCUGCAAGUUUCGCUAUGCAACUAUAUGAGUCUGGAGCAAGAAAAAUAGGAUUUGUUGGUGUUCCGCCGAUCGGGUGUAUACCAAUACAAAGAACCACAAGAGGAGGACUUGAUAGAAAGUGUUCUAAUGAAAUAAAUGUUUCAGCUCAGCUUUUCAAUUCCAAACUCUCUACAAGAUUGCAUUCAGUGGCUGAAACCUUGCAAAACGCCACUUUGGUAUAUAUUGACGUUUACUCUCUCUUCACUCAUAUGAUCCAAAACCCAAAAGAAUAUGGAUUUGAUGAGAUUGAUAGAGGAUGCUGUGGUACGGGGCUAGUCGAAUUAGGACCGCUUUGCAACCAAUUUACAUCGCUUCUAUGCAGGAAUGUGUCUUCUUAUAUGUUUUGGGACAGUUACCAUCCAACGGAACGAGCUUAUAGGAUUUUAACCAAAAAGUUUGUAGAGACUGAUAUGGGUCCUUUCUAUGACAAAUAA